AUUAAGAUCAUGAUAAUAAAAAUAGAUAUUUUUACACUUAAAAAGCAUAAACCUUUCAAGUACUAAUCUUUCUCCCACUAAAAUUUCAAGAAACCCAUUAUAAAAAUGGAGAAUGGGUUGGAUUUGAAACCAAUGGAUGCAGAGCAACUAAGAGAACAUGGUCACAUGAUGGUGGAUUUCAUUGCUGAUUACUAUAAGAAUAUUGAGACUUUUCCUGUGCUUAGCCAAGUUGAGCCAGGAUAUCUGCGUAAGCUUCUUCCUGACUCUGCACCUAUGCAGCCCGAAUCCUUGGAAGCAGUUCUUCAAGAUGUUCAAUCGAAGAUAUUGCCAGGGGUUACUCAUUGGCAAAGCCCAGACUACUUUGCAUAUUUUCCCUCUAAUAGCAGUGUUGCAGGCUUUCUUGGAGAAAUGCUCAGUGGAGGAAUUAACAUGGUGGGGUUUAGUUGGAUAACUUCUCCAGCUGCUACAGAACUGGAAAUGAUUGUUCUUGAUUGGCUUGCUAAUUUACUCAAGCUUCCAGAUGAUUUUCUCUCCAAGGGCCCAGGAGGUGGUGCUAUACAGGGCACUGCAAGUGAAGCCCUUCUUGUUGUGCUUCUGGCUGCCCGGGAUAAAGUUCUAAGAGAGGUUGGUAAAGAUGGUCUUGGAAAGCUCGUGGUUUAUGGUUCUGAUCAAACUCAUUCCUCUUUACUGAAGGCAUGCCAAAUAGCAGGAAUUCAUUCCGAUAAUUGUAGGCUGCUAAAAACAGAAACCUGCCAUGAGUACGCUCUCUCUCCUGAAUCACUCACUGAUGCAAUCUCACAUGACGUUGCCUCUGGUUUAAUCCCCCUUUUCCUUUGUGCAACUAUAGGUACUACAUCAUCAACAGCCGUGGAUCCUUUGCUCGCACUUGGAAAGAUUACCAAGAGGUACGGUAUCUGGUUUCAUGUCGAUGCUGCAUAUGCUGGAAGUGCUUGUAUUUGCCCAGAAUACCGUCAUCAUUUGAAUGGUAUUGAAGAAGCCGACUCAUUUAACAUGAAUUGCCAUAAAUGGUUCUUAACCAACUUUGAUUGUUCAGCACUAUGGAUAAAGGACCGAAAUGCCCUCAUCCAGUCCCUUUCUACAAAUCCUGAGUAUUUGAAGAAUAAAGCUUCUCAAGGUAGUACUGUUGUUGAUUACAAAGACUGGCAAAUCCCUCUCGGACGCAGAUUCAGGUCUUUGAAACUGUGGUUGGUGUUACGACUAUAUGGUGUUGAGAAUCUUCAGUCUUACAUAAGAAACCAUAUAAACUUGGCUAAACAUUUCGAAGGUCUUGUUGCUCAAGACCCAAGGUUUGAGAUUGUUGCCACUCGUACGUUUUCAUUAGUUUGCUUUCGCCUUCUACCUGCCAACAAAAAUGAAGAAGAUGUCAACAAAGUCAACCAGGACCUCUUGGAUGCUGUCAACUCAUCUGGGAAGAUUUUUAUCUCUCAUACGGUUUUAUCGGGUAAAUACAUCUUGCGGUUCGUCGUAGGAGCUCCAUUGACGGAAGAGAGACAUGUAAUUGCAGCUUGGAAGGUUUUUCAAGGAGCAGCCUCAACUCUUUUAGGGAAUUCAUAGACCUAGUUUCUGCUGAAAAUACAAAUAAUUGUUUCUUGAACGAUUGGUUUCUGCUAAAGCAGACACAUUUCUACAAUUGAUAUUCAAAAACUCAAUUGUUUAAAGAACUUUUAUAUAAUCGUCUAUUCUAAUAUAUGAAACAUACAACUUUUUAUA